AGUGAGGGGCGCGGGGGAAGAUCAAAGAGGCUGUGAAAUAUUCAACUGCAUAGAGAGUCAUGCUCCAAAGUUGUCAGGUUAAUUGGUAAUGUUUAUAUUUUUAAUAAAAAAUAAACAGAGUGUUCAGCUUUCCUUUUGUUUUCGAGUUUUUGCCCAGUCUCUUAGAAAUAGGGUGUCACAAACUCCGGUAGAUGACACAUUUCUAGUAACACUAUAAUAGAAUCUUAACCUGCACUGGAGAGCUACAAUUUCGACAACAUGUAGACUUUUAGAGUUGAAACGAUGAUAUACCAUACAUUCUGAAUGGAACCUACUUCAGCAAGAUCUCCAUAUGGUUUACUAUUAAUUUUCUUUCUACUCACUAUAAACGCUGCGAGGGGAUAUGACUUGUCAGAAUGGCUGAUCAAAGGCCUGACUCAAAUCAUUCAUGUGAAAUAUGUGGUUUAGAUGGUUUGUCAGAUGAAAGUCUAAGGUCUCAUAUGGCAAAUAACCAUCUGGAGGGGGCUGCAACCUGUCCAUUCUGUGACUUAGGUGAUAUCACUCCCAAAGAAAUGAUGAUUCAUGUCAACAGUGCCCAUUUGGAUUAUUUAACACCUGACAAUGAAUCAAUCUCCUUCAUUGAUGAAGAUGAUGACGAUAGUCCCUAUGACAACUCAAAAGAUCAAAACUCCUCUGCCUAUGCAACAAAGCCAAAUCAGUGUACUUCCAUUGUUGAGCCUUGUGCAAGCUCCAGUGCUUUUUCAGGGCAUUUUCCCGGCCUGACUGGUGGAUGGGGUGAACAUGGCCCUGGUUCUCCUUUACGUAAAAAGUUAGCUCUUCAACUGAAUUCUGAUACACCCCCUGCUCAGCUGUUACAAUGUCCUUUGUGUCAAUUUUCUAAUGUGUCAGCCUCCGUGCUUGAAGAACAUGUCAAUCGCGAACAUUUAGAUCCACUCAGUCCAAGUCCUGUUGAAGUUAGAAGUGAAGCACUGGUAGAGAAAUCUUUAGACUGUCCACUUUGCAUCGAAAAGUUUCAAUCUUCUACUGAGUUAGAGAGGCAUGUGAAUUUCAGUCAUCAAGACAUUCUCAGUCCUCAAAAGCCUGUGGCCAACAAUGAAGCAAGUUGCAGUGGUAAAAGAAAUGGGAUAACGAAUGAAGGCUGUCCUCUUUGCAAAAUGGCUAACUUUGCUUCUGAUCGUGAUUUGGCCUUGCACUUAGAGGAGCACUACAAGAGAAGUGACACAACUCCUGAUCUCAGUUCAGAUCAACUUCUGGCUAGAGCUGUUGAACAGCAAGAGAAAGAUAAUCGGCGACUGCAGGAGCAAAAGGAAUUUGAUAUGUUAAGAGCUCAGUAUGGUAUGGAUAACCAGGGCAAUUUUAAGGAGCAGAGUUUAACUAACAUGCAAAGGGCUGUUUGUUCUGGGGAAUUAACCAUUACUGAUUAUUAUGAAAGACAAAUGGAAUUAAGAAUGGCUGAAAAUUGUGGCAUCGAUGAUCAAUCAUCAUGUACAAAAGGUAUCAUUCAAAAGAUUCAUACACUCAGUUCAAUGUCCAAAAAUGUUGUGCGCACCUAUGUGUGCAGUAGAAUUGAUCAUUAUGCCUCAACAUACGGAGACAAAGGUUGGGGUUGUGGGUACAGAAAUAUGCAAAUGAUGAUAUCAUCCCUAACGCAUCAUACUAAAUACAAUGACCUAAUGUAUCGAGAAGAUGGAGGGCUCCUCGGUAUAAGUGCCAAUCAGCGCCAUGCUGUGCCUUCCAUUUCUCGACUGCAGAAACAUAUUGAGUGGGCCUGGAGCAAUGGGUUUGAUGCUCAGGGGUGUGAUCAACUUGGUAGGAAGCUAUUCAACACCAGGAAGUGGAUUGGUGCCACUGAAAUGAUGACAUUAUUGGCUUCAAUGCGUAUACGGUGUGAACUUAUUGACUUUCACCGCCCUACAAGCUCUGAUGGUAGUCAUCCACAACUGUUUAAUUGGAUACUACAAUACUUUCAAAAAACAGAUGACUUUAAACCACCAUUGUAUCUUCAGCACCAAGGUCAUAGCAGAACUGUAGUGGGAAUUGAAGUUCUACCAAACAGCUUAAACUUACUUGUGUUGGAUCCUAGUCAUGCUCCUCGACAGAUGGCACAGCUCUGUGACACAGGGUCUGGAAUGAAUGCUAUGCGCAUGAUAAGAAAGGGAUCAGGUACUAUGCGAGCUCGCCAGUACCAGCUUGUGACUGUCACUGGGGUUAUGCAAUCGGAGCAAGAAUUACAGCGGAGUAAAAGUCUUGUUUCCACUAAAAUACCAUGAUUAAUGGCAUGGAGUGGAUAUAGAAGAUCAAUUUAAAACUACUGCUUUUGACCUGUGGCUGGAAAGUUGGAAGGAAGAAGAAACUGUAAUUGCUUGGUGUUUAGGAGCUUUUUAAUUCAAACUAUUGUCUACCCUAAAAGACACUACAUUUUUUGCACAAUUCUGAUGUGAACAUUUCCACAGAGUAGGCAAAAUUCUUUCAUUUUUUUUCUUUUUAAGUAUAAGUAAUGUGUCAUAAUGCAUACUGCCGGUAUCCCAGGACUACUUCUGGAAAUCUCAUUGCCUGUGAUAAAUUUGCUUUAGUUACACCCAUUUUUAUUAUUUUUUUUAUCUGAUGUGCUUGUAUUUGCUCUUGUUUGAGUUCCACAUUGCUAGCUUAGUUUAGUAUUUUGGUAUGUUAAGUUAAAGAUCCUGUACUAGCUCAGAUAAAACAGGUAUUUUUCUUAUUAGAUGUUACUUAUGUUUAUUUUUAGUAAAUCCAUCUUGUCACUUCUAAAACUUUGUGUACAACUUAUAUACCAUUGCCUAUAUUAAGUCCGGCAUCUCCAGGGUCUGCUUUUGAGGCAAUCGUCCACUCUCCACAAAUUUCACCAAAGUGUCAAUUAUGUCUAGGUGUCUGCUAGGUCAGACUGUUUCAUUGCAUGAUUCUUUUAAAAUUUUUGUUUGGUGCUGUGUGGUAAGGUUUUGCAUCAGUAGAAAGUCAAUGCACAUGUUGCUUAGCCACAAGACCUUUUUUCAACAAAAUGACUCUUGAAGAUAAAAUGUUACUGUGGUGGUAGCAAAAAAAAACAAAAAACACUGCUUCAUUCAUCACAAUAGCUCUAUUUUUGCACUCCUACGUAAGAAUGAAUUAUGCAAUUAUCUAUAGUGUUUGUGUUGAGGGAAGGAUUUUAUCAAGUUUGAAUAUGAUUUGUUGUGUAUUUCUUGAAGACACAGUCUCCAAGAAUGUGAGUUGUGUUGGCACAAAAUGUGUAUAUUUAAGCUAAUAUGCCGACAGUUCCCUGUUCUUCCAGAAAUUAAUUCACAAGAAUUCCUGUUUAUGUGCUCUUCAACACCUGAAUUUUCUUUAAUGAUAUUGAUAUUGUACAUCUGCAAUAAAAUGUGAACUGAAAACAAA